CAGAUGUGCAAGACGUGGUGGAAAUUUUUGUUCAGGGUCAUUGAAAAAAUUGGCAGAUGGCACAAUUAUUAAUACUAAACCACAUAAUGGCCACCAAACUCGGAAUGCUAAUGAAACAUUGGUCAGAGCAUUCAGGGAAGUGCUUAAAAGAAGGGCUUCAUCUGAAAAUGCGACAUUGAGGCAUAUUUAUGAUGAAGAAGCUAGAAGAAAUCCUGAAGCUUCUAACAUUUAUCCUUAUUCGACUGCUGAAAGUAUCAUGCGAGUAGCCAGAAGAUCUUCUCUGCCAUCUCUACCCCAUUCUCUGGCUGAUUUGGCAAGUAUUUUUGAUGAUGGACGUUUAAAUCGGUACUCUUGCUGUGGCGAGAUCAUGUUUAAAAGUUGUUUACAUGAUGUUGAUGGCCGAGCAAGCAUGGUUUUUUCAUGCACGUCAUUAUUGCAAUUAGUUUUGGCUAAUAAUAUUGAAGAAGUCCAUGUAGAUGCCACUUUUAAGGUUGUUCCGUUUAAUAUGGGAAGUCAGUUGUUAACUGUUCAUUGUAUGAUUGACAAUUACUCUAUACCUAUAGUAUACUGCCUUAUGGAAUGUAAAACAAGAAACAGCUACAACUGCCUUUUCAACUUUUUAAAGACUAAUCUGUUGGUCAACCUUAAUCCAUCUGUCAUAAUAACGGAUUAUGAAACAGCUCUAAGAGAUACCCUCUCAUUUAUAUUUCCAACUGCACGAAUCACAGGUUGUUGGUUUCACCACAACCAAGCAGUUUGGCGAAAUAUGAAAAAAAGAGGGUUUUUAAGAUUGGUUAAUACAAAUGAAUUUGCUUCAAAAGCCCUACGGAUGUUAUUUGCAUUACCAUUGCUACCGCCUGGUGAUAUUCAACGAGCAUUUGACACAGUAAGAAUGUUUGCUGAGAAUCAUGAAAUACCGAUGGCAAGCUUAUUUGAUUACUAUGAAAACUAUUGGCUCAGACAAGUGGGAUCGAACGUUGUUUCAGUCAAUGGAUUACCUAGACGAACAAACAAUCACCUUGAAAGUUUUCACAAUACUCUGCGGAACAAAUUCGCUGUAGCACACCCUAAUUUAUGGAUAUUUUUAGAUCACCUCUCUCACCUAAGUAUGAGCUUCCACACAAUUAUGAAUCAACUUAAUAAUAAUUUACGGCCAACAAGAAACCAUAGAAUUAAUUAUAGAAAUUUAAAUUCUAUUCAACAUGCUUGCCAACAAUAUGCUCUUGGGCUGAUAUCUUUAUGGCAGUUUCUUGAAAGAAUGUCACAUGCUACAACAGCAUAUGAACAGCAGCAACGAAAUUGGGCGCUACAUGUUGAUAAUGAACUGCCAUUACUGCCAAUAGUUCAACCAGCAGCACCAGUAGUCGCUGAUCUAGUACCAGUAGCUGUUGAUUUAGCACCAGUAGCCGCUGAUCUAGUACCAGUAGCUGCUGAUUUAGCACCAGUGGCCGCUGAUCUAGUACCAAUACCUGCUGAUCUAGUACCAGUAGCCGCUGAUCUAGUACCAGUAGCCGCCAAUCUAGUACCAGUACCUGCUGAUCUAGUACCAGUAGCCGCUGAUCUAGUACCAGUAGCCGCCAAUCUAGUACCAGUUGCCCCAGCAGAAGCAAUUGUGUUAGCACCACUAUUACAUCAGAGGCUUCAUGUUGAACUGCCUGACAAUGAAAGGCAAAUCGUUCGUGGUCAUCCUUACCACCUACAAGAGAAUGGGAGGCAUAGACACCGGAGUCCAAGAGUAGAAAGACGUGGUAGAAGACAAAAUGAUAUAAUCCAAGCUUUUUAUGCAGAACUCGAAAAUGAUGUAGAGCUACAACAAGAAAAUGAAAUUCUUGAAAUAUGCAUAAUUUGCUAUAAUGGCAUUUCCACUACUACAAUAGUGCCCUGCCAACACCAUUUCUGUAGGGUAUGCAUUGAAAGGUGGAUGCGAGAAGGUAGAAGAUGUUGUCCGCUAUGUAGAACUGACAUCAUUAUGCUACAAUAUUUAUCUCAAGAAUAAUAGUCAAUCAGUACCCAAGAGUGCCCACCAGGUCAAAAAAAUUGUUCAUUUUAUUUACUAAGAUUGUAAUGAUUAUUUAUAAUAAAUUAUAAGUUAACACUCAAUCACUGGUUGU